AUGUACGAAGAGUUCAAGACUGUCGAAUGGAAUCGGCGCAAGACAGCGAACCAGAUGCUAGAGUAUCGCAUCGAUACAUACAAAGGUCAAUCAGGGUCUCCAGUCCUUGUGCAGAAUCAGCCUUUGAUCUCCAUCGGUGCUCAUGUCUAUGGGGAGCUGGAAAUAACUCAGCCAGUCCCAUUGGAGGGGAGUAUGGAAAUCCAUACCAUGACCGGCAUCAAGUACGUCCGUGUGGGCGGGGACAGCAUGGACAGGAAGUCGGAUGCAGAGGACGCCUUCUGGGACGACCUGAAGGAUGUGCUCAAAGUCGGCGCACCAAUGAUCUCGGGCGCCCUGCAGACGGUCAGUCCAUUCUUGGGUCCCAUUGGAGGACCAAUUUCCGCUCUAGCUGGCACUGCCAUCUCCGUGGCCGCCAAACGGAGUGUCGAGAGUGGGUUUACUGAUGCCCAUCCGGGUGAAUUUGCUCAGUCUCGCACGGCCGAAGAAGCCAUCCUGUCCGAGGCUGCGCUGCAGGCCUUCUUGCGGGCGGAUGCUGACCGUAUGAAACAGCUCGGUAUCAGCACGCGGAUUAUGGAGGAGUACAAGAAGGCAGCUGCAGAUGUUGAUAUCGUGGCGCCUACGAUCUUACCGGCCAUUUUGCCGGCGGCGUUGCAUCUCUCGCAAGAUAUGUACACCCAAAAGGGUGCAGAGGCAGGGAUUUUCGAUGACUCGUUCACGCACUACCUGCUCAAGUUGGUGGAGCGCGAGACGGAGAAUGAGAUCUUCUGGGGCAUGUUGGGUUCGGUGCUGUCGGCUGCCUCCAAGGGGGCAAAUGCCGUUCAAACUGGACUAUCUGUCAUUAGCAAGAUGGUGCCGACGACUGAGGCUGCCUUUGAAGAACAGCCAAUGGACCCGUACCUGAAGGUCUUGGGCCGUCGUGCCCUGCUCGCCGGGGCGACUCUGCAAGUGCUCCGCAAUACGCCACCAGAGCAGCUCAAGACAGAGGACUUCUUCACCCGCAUCCAAUAUAUCAUGCAGAAGAUCGGGCCUGCGGUGAUGAACCUCCAGCAGAACUACUUCUCUUGCUGGAUCCUCGUCGUCGACCCUGGAGGUGCCAGGAGGAGGCGUCGGUGGGCUGAAGAAACGACCGAGUCAGACCUUCUUCAACAAGAUGAUGGGCACAGCCAAUGGUAA